AUGGGUAAGGGACAGCCCCGUGGUUUGAACGCCGCCCGCAAGCUCGCGACCACCCGUCGCGAGAACCGUUGGGCCGACUUGCACUACAAGAAGCGCCUUCUCGGUACCGCCUACAAGUCCUCCCCCUUCGGUGGUGCUUCCCACGCCAAGGGUAUCGUCCUCGAGAAGGUCGGUGUUGAGGCCAAGCAGCCCAACUCCGCUAUCCGCAAGUGUGUCAAGGUCCAGCUCAUCAAGAACGGCAAGAAGGUCACUGCUUUCGUCCCCAAUGACGGUUGCUUGAACUUCAUCGAUGAGAACGACGAGGUCCUCCUCGCCGGUUUCGGUCGUAAGGGUAAGGCCAAGGGUGAUAUUCCCGGUGUCCGUUUCAAGGUCGUCAAGGUCUCCGGUGUCGGUCUCAUGGCCCUCUGGAAGGAGAAGAAGGAGAAGCCCCGCUCUUAA